GCGGCUCCUGCGCGUUCCCGCCGAGGCAGCGGCGGCGGGAGCGGCAGAGACGGCGGCGGCUGGAGUCCCGUUGCCGAGUCUCACAUCCGGGUUCUGGCCGUGACCCAGCUGCGGCCGCCGCGGAGAUGUGACCCGGCAGUACAGCAAACAUGGCGGAGCCAUCUGUUGAAUCUUCAAGUCCAGGGGGUUCAGCAACAUCAGAUGACCAUGAAUUUGAUCCAUCAGCUGACAUGCUGGUUCAUGAUUUUGAUGAUGAACGAACAUUAGAAGAGGAAGAAAUGAUGGAAGGAGAAACAAACUUCAGUUCUGAAAUAGAGGAUCUUGCAAGGGAAGGCGACAUGCCAAUUCAUGAACUGCUCAGCCUUUAUGGUUAUAAUAGUUCUGUUCAACUACCUGAAGAAGAUGAUGAAGAGGAAGAAGAAGAGGAAGAAGGUGAAGAUGAUGAAGAUGCUGAUAAUGAUGACAACAGUGGCUGUAGUGGGGAAAAUAAAGAAGAGAAUAUAAAGGAUUCAUCAGGUCAGGAGGAUGAAACUCAGUCUUCCAAUGAUGAUCCAUCACAAUCUGUUGCUUCUCAAGAUGCCCAAGAAAUAAUCCGUCCACGUCGAUGUAAAUAUUUUGAUACAAAUAGUGAAAUAGAAGAAGAAUCAGAAGAAGAUGAAGAUUAUAUUCCAUCAGAAGACUGGAAAAAGGAGAUUAUGGUGGGCUCCAUGUUUCAAGCAGAGAUUCCAGUUGGCAUUUGUAAAUACAAAGAAAAUGAAAAAGUAUAUGAAAAUGAUGAUCAGCUCCUGUGGGACCCUGAGUACUUACCAGAAGAUAAAGUGAUUGUGUUUCUUAAGGAUGCAUCUAGAAGAACAGGUGAUGAGAAAGGUGUAGAAGCAAUUCCUGAAGGAUCUCACAUAAAAGACAAUGAACAGGCUUUAUAUGAAUUGGUGAAAUGCAAUUUUGAUACAGAGGAAGCGUUGAGAAGAUUAAGAUUUAAUGUAAAAGCAGCUAGAGAGGAAUUAUCUGUUUGGACAGAGGAAGAGUGUAGAAAUUUUGAGCAAGGACUGAAAGCCUAUGGAAAGGAUUUUCAUUUGAUUCAGGCUAAUAAAGUCCGAACAAGGUCAGUUGGUGAAUGUGUAGCAUUCUAUUACAUGUGGAAAAAAUCUGAACGUUAUGAUUUCUUUGCUCAACAAACACGAUUUGGAAAAAAGAAAUAUAAUCUUCAUCCUGGUGUAACGGAUUACAUGGAUCGUCUUCUAGAUGAAAGUGAAAGCGCUGCUUCUAGUCGAGCCCCAUCCCCUCCCCCAACUGCCUCAAACAGUAGUAACAGCCAGUCUGAGAAAGAAGAUGGCACCAUAAGCAAUAGUAAUCAAAAUGGGGUGUCAUCUAAUGGACCAGGUGAAAUAUUAAACAAAGAAGAAGUAAAAGUUGAAGGGUUACACAUUAAUGGACCAACAGGUGGAAAUAAGAAACCACUUCAUGCAGAUAUGGAUACUAAUGGUUAUGAAACAGAUAACCUUACCACUGACCCAAAACCUGCCCAUAUGACUGCAAGAAAUGAAAAUGAUUUUGAUGAAAAAAGUGAGAGACCUGCCAAAAGGCAAAGGGUAAACAGCAAUGGAAAAGAAAGUCCAGGUUCUUCUGAAUUUUUCCAAGAAGCAAUCUCACAUGGAAAAUUUGAAGAACUUGAAAACACAGAUGACUAAAUUUUAGAUCUUAAUUUUACGUUCUCUGGAGUAAAUUCUGGUGUGACUAAAAUUUUCAGGGUUGAUGGGUUACCUUACAAAGUUGAUUUCCUUGAAGUAGUUGGUUAAAAUUUGAAAAUUGAAUUGAGUCCUAACUUUAGGAAAUAAGAUUUCUUAAUUCUGUCUUUUGCAGAUAUUUU